UCGCGAUUUCACCACCCACUCCCCCUCUCGCUUUCUCUGUUUGGCUGGGAGCAGCUGGGUUGAGCGCCUGCGGUCUUUUCAUCGUUCAGUACUUCCCUAUCCAGGCGUUCUCUAUUUCGGACGAGGACAUGGGAGAGCUAGUGAAAGAUGGUAAUUAUAUCAACUCAGCUUUGCUUACGAUUGCGGUCGCUAGCCCUGUCAUAUUCGCCCUCUGGUCAUCUAUUCUUUUUGCUGUUGGCAUCGUCGAUUACAUUAUUGAGAAUUCUCGUGGCAACCCUCAGUUUAUGCUGCUUUCGCUUGUACCGGUCAUUAUCGGAUUCAUGACGAGCGCAGCCGUCAUGACCAUCGGCAGCGUAAUUGUUGAAGCCCGCUGUAAGAGAAAACUAAUGUGAGCAAGGUGGCAUGGCUUUCCCCCCCACUAAUGGAAAUAACUGGUCUGUAAUUUUUAUUUCAUCUUCCUAUUUGCUAUGAACAUGUUGCACGGGAAGUCUGCCGAACUUGACAUGGACCGUC